GGGCGACCAGAGCGAAUCGAGCCUCAAUUGGUGGAGGUCCACGGUUGUGGACGAACUUUAGGACAAAAAGCCCGGGCCGGUCCGGCAGUGAUCCUAAAGUCGGUGAUCCUUAAAGUGCAAUUGGUGUUCCGAAAGCAUAAAUAUCCUGUGAUAAUCGCGUACCAGUUUUUAAGAAAUCCUGCCAAAAUGAGUUUCAACUCCAAAUACCACAUCGAUGUGGACUUCGAAGUGCCCAAGAAGCUGCAAUGGUACUAUGCGCCCGCCUUCUUUGGCUUUUGGCUGGUGCUCUUCCUCUCGCUGGUCAACACUCAGAUGAAUCACAUGCCCCAGCCACUGCUACGCAGCGAUGAGGCCAGCCAUCCGAAUUCCUUCAUCGCCCAGCGAGCCGAGGAUACACUUAUUGAGCUAACACGGAUUGGCCCUCGAGUGGUGGGCAGCUUGGCCAAUGAGGAGACGACCGUGGAGUUUCUGCGCUCUGAGGUGGCCAAGGUUGAGGCUGAGAUGAGCGAGCGCCUAGAGAUUGAGGUGGAUGUCCAGCAAGCCAGCGGUGCCUACAUGCACUGGGAGAUGGUCAACAUGUAUCAGGGCAUCCAGAAUGUGGUGGUUAAGCUGUCCGAGCGGAAUACCACCAACGAGAACUACCUGCUGAUCAACAGCCACUACGACUCGGUGCCAGGGAGUCCAGGAGCCGGUGACGAUGGCUCCAUGGUGGUCACAAUGCUAGAGGUGAUGCGAGUGAUAGCGAAGUCGGAUGAGCCACUGGCCCAUCCUAUUGUCUUUCUGUUUAACGGAGCCGAGGAGAAUCCCCUGCAGGCCUCGCACGCCUUCAUCACCCAACACAAGUGGGCCAAGAACUGCAAAGCUCUCAUCAACCUGGAUUCGGCUGGCAGUGGCGGUAGGGAGAUUUUGUUCCAAUCGGGACCCAACCACCCCUGGCUGAUGAACUACUACCGUAAUGUGCCACAUCCCUUUGCCAAUACCCUGGGUGAGGAACUCUUUCAAGCUGGCUACAUUCCCUCCGACACGGAUUUCCGCAUCUUUCGGGACUUUGGCGGAGUUCCCGGUCUGGACAUGGCCUACAUCUUUAAUGGCUAUGUUUAUCACACAAAGUAUGACAGGAUCAAUGCCUUUCCGCGUGCCUCUUUCCAGCACACAGGCGACAAUGUCCUCUCCUUGGCCAGGUCGCUGGCCAAUGCCCCGGAGGUGGAUGACACAGCCGCUCACUCCGAGGGACACAACGUCUUCUAUGACUUCCUGGGCUGGUUCAUGAUAUUCUACACUCAAACGACCAGCAUCAUUGUAAACGUGGUGGUGGCCCUUAUCGCUCUUUUGGGUAUAGGCAUUUCCAUAUACUUCAUGUGCCUGCGAUCGGGCUGCAGCUGGAAGGGAGUCCUGCUCCGCUUUUCCAUAACCAUAGCCAUCCAGUUCACAUCCCUGAUCCUGGCCGUGGGUUUGGCACUCUUGGUUGCUGUUUUCAUGGACGGUGUGAACCGUUCGAUGUCCUGGUUUACCUCUUCGUGGACGAUCUUUGGCCUGUAUCUGGCGCCCAUUCUCUUUGGAAUGAGCAUUCUGCCGGCUCUGUAUCUGGAGAAGACGAAGCGGGAUCCGUUGGGUCUGGGCUUUCGCAUUCAACUGUUCAUGCAUUCGCAUUGUAUUUGUCUGAUUCUGAUCAUGCUUACCCUUACGGGACUGAGUAUACGAUCGGCCUAUCUGAUAAUGCUUUGUGUGGUGUUCGAUAUCGUGGCUUUGAUUGUCAACCUGGUGACCAAGUGGCAUCGCAAGGCCUAUUUGUUUGCCAUUGCUGUGACCGUUUGCCAAAUCCUGCCGUUUGUUUACUUCACAUAUUUGUGCACAACGGCCCUGGCUACCUUAAUGCCGAUGCAGGGACGCUCAGGAUCUUCAAUGAAUCCAGAUUUGGUCAUAGCCGUUUUGGUCUGGGUGUUCUCGCUUAUGUUUGCCGGCUUUAUUUCUCCACUUAUCAUGUUUUUCCGCAAGACCAGAACGAUAGUCCUUUGCUUCCUGGGCAUAACCAUUCUCUUCAUUAUUAUUGCCGUCACAAAUGCGGGAUUCCCCUACAAGGAGAAGACCUCGCCACAGCGUUACUCAUUGAUUCAUGCCCAUCGUCGGCUGCACAAUGCCGAUGGAAGCACUCGUAUCGAUGAGUCUGGCCUCUACGUUUAUCCCCAGGACAGACGUUUUGAAAUUGCAAGAGAUGAAAUCGAUGCCAUUGGAGUUACCCACCCAGUGAGUGACUUUUGCCAUGAGGAAAUGUUCUGCGGCAUGCCGCUCUACAAUCAUCGCUGGAACAAGGCCCGGGAAUACAGCCUGUGGAUCGAGACAUCGGAGGCCCCAGAGAUACCCACCAAUUAUCCCAUCCUGGUGCUACAGGAUGUCAGCGAACUAGAGAGCGUCACGGAGCGGCGCUUUACAUUUAAUUUAACAGGACCCUCUCACAUGGGAAUCUUUAUCAAUGUGAAGAAUGAUGCCAGGAUACUGAACUGGUCCUUCAAUGACACUCUGGUGCGCGAACAGGCGGAGCCGCCUUUUAUGGUGUACUUCUCUUACGGACUGGACGACAGUCCUCUGGAGUUCACCAUCGAUGUUGAGAAGACGACCUCAACAUUUGAUACGCCCACCCUGGAGAUUGGUAUCGGCGGUCACUGGGUGACCCAGGACAUCACUGCCAUCGAGAAGCUAAGCAGCUACAUAAGCCGAUUUCCCUCGUAUGCCUACAUUCAGGGUUGGGUGGGCACCUACGAGACCUGGUACUUUUAGGUCUCCGCCGCAAAUGAUAUUGAUUCUGAUUUACUAAUUGUAGUCAUUAGGCGUUAACGAUUAACUGUAUAGAAUCUGAAAAAAUUACGUAUUUUAUUAAACUACAUUACGAAUACUAUAAUUAUAA